AGAUCCGCGCAGUCGCGUGGUGCACCGCGUCGGUGAGAAGCGUCGUGCGGUUCCGAAAGAACACUGUGCGCGGAUUGUACUCACUGGAAUUCUGUACGGCCACGCCCGAAAUCGAGGCAAGGAGAGCUUCGUUACUCCGCGUCCGGAUCAGCCCGCUGCCGUCUCCGACUCGAAGAGAUCUCAGAGAUCAUGUUGGCGUGGACAGCGGCUCGAUUGGGUGUGCAAAGAGGACUUUUUUCGAAGCUUGCCAUGUCUGGGUCGGCUUCUCGUCAAGUCCAGCACAAAGCUUCCGCUGAUGUCGAAGAUCAAACCGUGAGCCAGGGGGAUACCGAGGCCUCUGCCGGCUCCUCUGACGAGGAUGUCCGCAGCUAUACCGUUGAGGAUUUCAGUGAAUUCAUCAAAACAGAGGAAGACCGGAAGAAAAUCCACCUGAUUCUCCUGGAGAUUGAGUUCAAACGUGAAGACACAGGAGUUGCACCCGCGAGGAUCAAGAAGAGAGACAUUUUCGACUUGCUGACCCUUUCAAAACCACAACGGCACAGAUAUUACGACUUCAUGUACAAACGAGAGAUGUCAGACAGAAAUAGGAAACAGACGAAGCUCCUUGCGAGAGCGAAAAGGGAAAGCGAAGUCAGGGAACGCAAGCCCAUACCACCAGGCAUAUUCCCCUUCAUCCGAGAAGUGACAAUGCACCGCCAGUUGUAUGGCCAGCGCUUGGCGUCGGCCGCCCUCUUCGGCACGAAACUCGUCAUCGACUGUGGUUUCUCAGACGUGAUGAACAACCGGGAGCUGCGGAAUCUAGCGCGACAAAUGAUGCUCGCGUAUGGUGUCAAUCGAGUGCUCCCAGAUCCCUUCGACUUGACACUCUGCAAUUUACCGCCGAAAUGUCUCCUCGAUGAACUGGUAGAACAGUACCUCGUCGCGGAUCACAGACAGCUGCUGAUUGGAAAAACGAGCGAGCACUAUCUGGAUUUGUUUCCGAGCAAAGAUUUGGUCUAUCUCAGCCCGGACGCUCCAAAACCGCUGAAGGAGCUCGAUCCAUCGAAAGUCUAUCUGAUCGGAGGAAUCGUCGAUCUGGGACUCGAACAGCCCCUGACCCUUGCCAAGGCCAGGAAGGAUGGUAUCGCCUGUGCUCGGUUGCCCAUCAGGGAGCAUGUUAUUUUGGGGACAGGCGCACAAAAGACGCUUACGUUGAAUAAUGUCCUCGAAAUUUUGGCGGAGAUGAAAGCACACAACGAUUGGCAGAAGGCGUUCGAGAAGCUCCCACCUAGAUUCGUCGCCCAGAUCGGAGCGGAAUCAAAGUCCAGGCUACGCAAUCGGUUCCGGCAAAAGCUUCGAGUAGAGGAGUUCAGAGCAGCGUCUAGAUAGGACAUCGUAGGCGGUCGGAAGAUU